AUGCCUCUUCCAUUUGCGCCGCCACCGCCCCCCUUCCCCAACCCGCAUGCCAGCCACACGCACGCGGGGAGCCCGCCGGCUGGUGCCUCUGCCGCGGCGUCCUUCCGUUCGUUUCCGACCUUUUCUUCUUCUCCCCCGCCGCCUCCGCCGCCGAGUCCUCGCGCCCCAACCGGAUUCUGCCGCGCGCCGUUUUCUUCUCCAAACCCGCCUGCGUUGACACCGCAGCCUCAAGCGCCCGCUUUCCGAACGCCUUCCUUGCCGUCCUCGCCUCCAUCUGGCGCGUCUCAGCCCUCCGCUCGGCCGUCGUCUUCUCUUCCGCCUCCGCCCGCGCCUUUCGCGUCGUCCCCCUCUGCACGCCCGCCGCCUCCGCCGUCUGCGUGUUCGUCGCUCCCGGGGUCUGUGGCGUCAUCCAGGCCUCCGCCUUCUCCGCCUCCGGCCUCGCCCUCGCCGCGGCCUUGCGCCUCCUUUGCGUCAGCGCCGCCUGCGUCGCCGGGACUGGCCAGCUGCUGCUACGCGCCUUUCCGCCAGAGGCAGUCAAUGCAUGCGGGAGCAGAAAGCGCCUCCGCAGCUUCGCCCGAGCGCCGCGGCUCCUGUGCCUGGUCCGUUCCCGCGUCGGGACCCUGCGCGUGCGCGUCUUCGUUCGCGGCCGCAGGGGGAAAUCCAGAAUGCAGCGGGUCGGGGAGAGCCUUGGCGGCCUCCGAGACACCGAGAAGUGCGCAUCCGACGUGCGCGUUUGGCACGUCUAGCGGUCCGUCCGCCCCGGCCCAGUGCCGCACCCAGGUUUCUUGUUCCGUCUCCGGAUGCUCUCCACAGCGAACGGCAGUCGCGGGGUGCCCGCGGUGUAGCGCCUGCUGCGCGUCUGCCGUCGCAGGCUCCUCAGCAGCUUCACCCUGCCACGCGGCCAGCUGCGGGGCGUUUUGUGGAGCCUCCGCGUUUCCGGCCGCAGUGCCGCCCCCGCCUCCACCACCUGCAGCCCCGCAUUCUUCCUCGGCGGGGUUUGCGGCCGCAGAUGCAACAGACGGCGCGCCGGCGCGGAACGGCUCUCGGGCGGGGUGUCAACCCUCCAGUGUACCUCCACCGGGUGGCUUGGGAGGCGACGGCAGGCGGGUCUCCAGUUCGUUUCAAAGCAGUGCUUGCGGCUGGCGAAGCGGAGAAAACGCGAGUUCCGCAGUUUCAGGUCCAGCGGCUCCAGGGAACGAAGGCAGUGCUGUGCCUGCGCUGCCGGCAGGCUCGCCAGGAUCAGCCGUCAGGCCACCCCCCGCUCCUCCCGUAGGUCCAGACAAGCAGAUGAGCUUCUGCGGAGGAGUCCCGCCUCCGCCUCCUUUGACGGAGGAGAACGCACAGGCAGCGCAUUCGGCGAGCAAACGCAGGGCGCAGCCGGGAGGCGAGGGAGGGGCGGACGCCUCUGGACCGGACGGCUUCGGGAAAAAACGGAAAAGGGAAGAAGAAUUCGUCUGCCUGCUCUGCGACAAGGCCUUCCGAAGCGCGAAGAAACAGCAGUUGCACGAAGAGGAGGAACACCUGCCGUGCGACUACCCGGGGUGUACCUACGCCGGACCUGUCCACGUCAUGAUCAUGCACAAGUUGAAACAUCUCAAAAACGAGAAAGGGGAGAGCUUGCUGGACAGUGAAGCGGAGGUUGCGGCUUGGCGUGCGGCGAGGAAGGAGAAUUUCCCCUCGUCGCGAAGGGCCGUGAAACCUAAGGCUCCGGGAUCACGGCCCCUUCCGCGACCGAAAAGUGUGCUGGAACGGAUUCUCCGGGAAACCAUGGAGUCGGCGUACGGCCGCCGCUUGAUUCACCCGGCUUUCUUUUCGAGUGCCUUCUGUCCAGAGCUCCCAAAGAUGCUGCCGCAUCCGCCACUGAUCUACUCCUUGAAGCGCGAAUUCCGAUUUGCUCAGUUGCCGCGGUCGCCCUACACGCAUCCGAGCGGUCUCUGUCCUUCCGCCUUUCUUGUGCCACCUGGCGGGAAAGGCCCGACGCGUGACGGCCGCCUGUGGGCUGGAGGCAAAGCCGGCGGGCCGGAGGUUCCUCUGAGGCCACCGCUGCUGUACCAGCUCCUGGCGCCGGAGAUCCGAGUGUACGAAGAGAAGCUGCUCGCCGCGAUUCGCUUCAUUGUCCAGAGCAACUUCUUCCUGAACGAACCGCGGGCGGAACCGGAGGAGCAGCGGCUGAUCGAGGUCAUUGAAGAGGCAGCGGCGCCAAGCAACGGUGCGCCGCCGAGCCCGAAGAACGCAUCCGACGGAACGGAGGAAGGACACGCAGACUCGAAAGGACAGACAGCGAACGCUCUGCUUGAGUGCAUCUCUGUCGACUGA